GUUCACAGUCUGCAGAUUAGAGCUCAGUGUGUUCAGACCGUGACUCAGUUCAGACUAGCAUCACAGAUCUCUAUCAGACCACCAUGAAGUCUCUCACUGUCCUGGUUCCGUUUCUGUGGCUCCUCUCGGUCCGUGUCUCGGCGGGUCCGGGAUGCGGACCGUGUGAUCCAGCUCAGUGCGCCUCUCUCCCGGUGGAGGGCUGCCCCGCCGGCUCGAUGCUGGACUCCUGCGGCUGUUGUUCGGUCUGCGCCGCUGCGGAGGGAGAGAUGUGCGGAGGACGCCGCGCGGCAGCGCGCCGCUGCGGAUCCGGACUGGAGUGCGUCAAAAGCGACGAGGACAAGAAGAGCAAGGUUGGAGUCUGCGCGUGCAAGAGCAACUACGAGGUCUGCGGGACCGACGGGGUCACAUACCGCACCGGAUGUGCUCUGAAGACCGCCAGCUUGACAGCCGAGACCCAGGGCAAUGAACCCAUCACCGUCCAGAACAAGGGUCGCUGCGCUACAGUUCCGGUCAUCGUCACUCCUCCAGGUGAGGUCUACAAUGUGAGUGGCUCUCAGGUGUACCUGAGCUGUGAGGCGGUUGGCGUGCCCACACCUGUCCUCACCUGGAAGAGGGUCGUCAAUGGGAAGAAGAGGAUGGAGCUUCUUCCUGGAGACAGAGACAACUUGGCGAUUCAGACGAGAGGCGGUCCAGAGAAACAUGAAGUGACUGGCUGGGUGCUGAUCUCCCCUCUGACCAAAGAAGAAGAAGGAUCGUACGAGUGUCACGCCGCCAACUCUAAAGGAGAAGCUUCAGCUGUCGGAGCAAUUCACCUCGUCGAGUCCAUUGAUGACAUCAUCAAGAAAGUGACGAAGGAAGAUGAACUGUGAUCAGCUGCAUCAUGAAUACAAUCAUCAGGAUCUUCACGUUUUUUAAUGAGGGGUUAGGGUUAAAUGAAAUUUACUGAUUUUCCUUUUUGUUUUAUCUGAAUUUAAAAAAAAUUACAUUUUAACUAAAAAUCUUAAACUUUGAUGUUUAUCAUUUAUCGUUUUCUGUCUGAGCUCAGAGAUUAACUGAAAUAAAUGAACAAAUGUUCUCUUUCAUCAGUUUUUCUUUCUCUUUGCCCUCUUUCUUCUUCUUUAUCUAUUCUUAUUCUGAAUAAAAUCAAAUGUUACUGAGCUCUUAACUUGUACGAGGAUUUUAUGAUGUAACCAUCUAAAUAAAGACUAACUUUUCAGUGCCUUC